AUGAACUCCAUGACGACGCCGUUUCAACAGGGCCCGCCCCAGACAGUGAGGAGAUUGGUGGUGGAAGUUGUAGACGCGCGCAACCUUCUACCCAAAGAUGGUCAAGGAAGUGCAAGCCCUUAUGUUGUAGGGGACUUCGAUGGUCAGAGAAAACGAACCACCACAAGGUUCAAGGAGCUGAACCCAGUUUGGAAUGAAACGCUCGAGUUUAUUGUUUCUGACCCGGAGAAUAUGGAGUUUGAAGAGCUUGAAGUUGAGGUUUACAAUGAUAAAAAAUUUGGUAAUGGUAGUGGACGGAAAAAUCAUUUUCUGGGUAGGGUUAAGCUCUAUGGAACGCAAUUCUCAGGUAGAGGAGAAGAAGCUCUGGUUUACUAUACGCUAGAGAAGAAGAGUGUUUUCAGUUGGAUUAGAGGUGAAAUCGGUCUCAAGAUUUAUUACUAUGAUGAGUUGUUGCAGCAAGAAGAAAAUCAACAACAGCAACAAGAGCAGCCACCACCGCAGGAGGAGGAGAGACCUUCCGGGAUGGAGCAAGAGAGAAACAGACCACAGAUGAUGGUUGAGGAGGGAAGGGUUUUUCAGGUUAAUGGGCCGAUGGAGCAUUGUGUUCCACUUCCAGAUGGUCCUCCUUCGCCUCGUGUUAUGGUUGUUGAGGAAUCACCAUCUCCGGUGGUUCGUGUUCAACAGGAUCCACCUCUGCCGGAGAUGUAUGGUCCUCCGGAACCGGAAAUGCAGUACCACCAGCCGGAAGUGAGGAAAAUGCAGGCAGUUAGAAAUGAUAGAGUGAAGAUUAUGAAGAGACCUAACGGUGACUACGCGCCGAAAGAUAUCUCCGGCAAGAAACCAAACGGUGAGUCUGAGAGGAUUCAUCCCUACGAUCUAGUGGAACCAAUGCAGUAUCUGUUUGUCAGAAUCGUAAAGGUUCGUGGUCUUAAUCCUCCAACUGAAAGCCCAUUCGUGAAGGUUAGAACGUCUAGCCACUACGUGAGAUCAAAGCCUGCAAGUUAUCGUCCAAACGAGCCAAACGAUUCACCGGAGUGGAACCAGGUUUUUGCCCUAGGUUACAACAAGACCGACGCAGCUAGUGCCACGUUAGAGAUUUCCGUUUGGGAUUCACCUACAGAGCAAUUUCUCGGUGGAGUUUGUUUUGAUCUCUCUGAUGUACCUAUCCGAGACUCUCCAGAUAGUCCUCUUGCUCCACAAUGGUACCGUCUCGAAGGAGGUGCGGCCGAACAAAACUCCGGCAGAGUCUCCGGCGAUGUUCAGUUAUCCGUUUGGAUCGGAACUCAAUCUGACGACGCAUUUCCAGAAGCAUGGAGCUCAGAUGCACCGUACGUGGCACACACUCGCUCCAAGGUUUACCAAUCACCUAAGCUUUGGUACCUUCGCGUUACAGUAAUGGAAGCACAAGACCUGAAUCUGACUCCAAAUCUACCUCCAUUAACUACACCGGAAAUAAGAGUUAAAGUUCAAUUAGGGUUUCAAUCACAGAGAACUAGACGAGGCUCAAUGAACCAUCACAGCAUGUCGUUUCACUGGCACGAAGACCUUCUCUUCGUCGCCGGUGAGCCUCUAGAAGAUUCCAUGGUCCUUCUGGUAGAAGAUCGAACCACCAAGGAAGCGGCACUCCUUGGCCACGUCGUGAUUCCUCUUACUUCAAUUGAACAGCGAAUAGACGAUCGCCACGUGCCAGCCAAAUGGUUCCCACUGGAAGGUGGAUCCUACUGCGGCCGUGUCCACCUCCGCCUCAACCUCGAAGGUGGAUAUCACGUGCUAGACGAAGCGGCGCACGUGUGCAGCGAUUUCCGACCCACUGCAAAAUCUCUCUGGAAACCUCCCGUUGGAAUUCUUGAACUUGGAAUCCUAGGCGCUCGUGGUUUACUCCCAAUGAAAUCCAAGGGUCCAGGAAAAGGGUCCACGGAUGCUUACUGUGUAGCCAAGUAUGGUAAAAAAUGGGUCCGAACCCGUACAGUAACGGAUAGUUUCGACCCACGCUGGAACGAGCAGUAUACAUGGCAGGUUUACGACCCAUGCACCGUUUUGACCGUUGGUGUUUUUGACAACUGGCGUAUGUUUGCUGAUGUGUCAGAAGAAAAACCUGAUUGCCGUAUAGGUAAAGUUCGUAUUCGAGUUUCUACUCUAGAAAGCAACAAAAUCUAUACAAGUUCAUAUCCAUUACUGGUUUUAACUCGAACCGGUUUAAAGAAAAUGGGUGAAAUCGAAUUAGCGGUUCGGUUCGCAUGCCCCUCGUUUCUCCCCGACAUGUGUGCAGUUUACGGCCAACCAUUACUUCCAAAAAUGCACUACAUCCGCCCACUCGGGGUGGCUCAACAGGAAGCUCUCCGUGGCGCAGCCACCAAAAUGGUGGCACAGUGGCUGGCGCGGUCUGAGCCUCCAAUGGGACAUGAAGUUGUUCGUUACAUGUUGGAUGCUGAUUCACACGCUUGGAGCAUGAGGAAAAGUAAAGCUAACUGGUUUAGAAUUGUGGCAGUCUUAGCUUGGGCCGUUGGAUUAGCUAAAUGGUUAGAUGAUAUCCGAAGAUGGAAAAAUCCAGUUACAACGGUUUUGCUUCAUAUACUCUACUUAGUACUUGUUUGGUAUCCAGAUUUAAUUGUUCCAACCGGGUUUUUAUACGUGGUUUUAAUUGGGAUAUGGUAUUACCGUUUUAGACCCAAAAUACCUGCUGGUAUGGAUACACGGUUAUCACAAUCGGAAGCUGUUGAUCCGGAUGAAUUAGACGAAGAAUUUGACACAAUGCCGAGCUCCAAACCACCUGAUAUGGUUCGGGUUCGUUAUGACAGGUUAAGGAUGUUGGCUGCGAGGGUGCAAACGGUUUUAGGUGAUUUUGCAACACAAGGAGAAAGGGUUCAAGCAUUGGUUAGUUGGAGGGACCCAAGAGCUACCAAAUUGUUCAUUGGAGUGUGUUUUGUUAUUGCUGUUAUACUCUAUUCUGUGCCUCCUAAAAUGGUUGCUGUGGCUUUGGGAUUCUAUUACCUCCGUCAUCCAAUGUUUCGGAACCCAAUGCCGCCGGCUAGUUUGAACUUUUUCCGGCGACUUCCUAGCUUGUCCGAUCGGUUGAUGUAG